CAGCCCUUUAAAAGGAGCAGAGACUGGGGGAUCAGCAGCCCCAGGUAGGAGACAGGGUCCAGGAGAGAAGGUGCAGGUUUCCCAGCCAGUUCAGGCAAGAGCCCAGGUCCUGGGCCGCCUCAGCCCUGAUGUCUGCAGAGGUGGAUGUGCCCGUGUGUGACCCUGAAUUUGGCAGCAACAAGGUGAAGGAGCCAAGCAUGGGGGGCAGGUGGUGUGGUUCCUGGUAUGAGCGGUUUGUGCAGCCGUGUCUUGUUGAACUGCUGGGCUCUGCCCUCUUCAUCUUCAUUGGAUGCCUCUCAGUCAUCGAGAACGGGCAGGACACAGGGCAGCUGCAGCCGGCCCUGGCCCACGGGCUGGCCCUGGGCCUCAUCAUCGCCUCGCUGGGGAGUAUCAGUGGUGGGCACUUCAACCCUGCGGUGUCCCUGGCGGUCAUGCUGAUCGGAGGCCUGAACCUGAUGAUGCUCCUUCCCUACUGGAUCUCCCAGCUGUGCGGGGGGCUGAUCGGGGCUGCCUUGGCCAAGGCAGUGAGUGCGGAGGAGAGGUUCUGGAACGCAUCUGGGGCAGCCUUUGUGACGAUCCAGGAGCCAGCGCAGGUGGUGGGGGCGGUGGUUGCAGAGAUCAUCCUGACAGCACUGCUGGCACUGGCCGUCUGCAUGGGCGCCGUCAACGAGAGGACGCGGGGCCCUCUGGCCCCCUUCUCCAUUGGCUUCUCUGUCACUGUGGAUAUCCUGGCCGGGGGUGCUGUGUCUGGAGCCUGCAUGAAUCCUGCCCGUGCCUUUGGACCUGCCGUGGUGGCCAACCACUGGGACUUCCACUGGAUCUACUGGCUCGGCCCGUUCCUGGCCAGCCUGCUUGUAGGACUGCUCGUCAGGUUCUUCAUUGGAGAUGGGAAAACCCGCCUCAUCCUAACAGGACAGUGAAGCUGAGGGCAGAACCCUCAGUGGACCCGUCCUGGGCUGCAGAUGGGACGGGGGCCCAGGGGGCUGCAGCCUUACUCCGCUAGUUUGUUUCUGAUAGACCACUAAGUUCUGAGAUGUUCUAGGUUCUUCUCAUUCCUUUGUGCUCACGGGAGACCUUAGCCUGGGGAAUGCGUUGUCAGCACUGCCCAGAGGGAGGUAGAAACAGCACCAAACAGAGCAGGUUUUUCUUGACAGGAAAGGCCCCAUGAUCAGAAAAGCAGUCUGAAGAGGCGGCUGUUUGUGUCUGCCAGCUCAUUUGCCCUGCUCCCUUUCUUUCUCCGUCUCGGUUCCCUGAUGCCUCUGUGAUGGAAGGACCUUCUGUGGUCUCUUUCCUUGCUUCCUGAGCUGCCAAUCUACCUUUGCAAUAAAUAGCCCAGUAUUUCCUGGUAGUGUCUAUUGGCUGGCCGUGCCUUUCAGAAAUGGGUGCUUCUGGGGAGGAAGCAAAGUCCGGGUCGGGCUUUAGCUGUUAAGAAUCCGGUUAGCUUGAGCUCAGCGUAGAGUUCAGUGUUAAGCACUCAGCGCGCAGGCCAGCGCAGAGCCCGUCUCCCACUCAGCCGGACCCUCUCUGGAGGGGAGCUCAGUCCUUUCUAGAGUCUGGAUUGGACUUGGGCUAGUCAAUUCCAGAUCACAGACGCGGGACCCUACUGAAAAGCCCAGCACAGAUCCAGGGGCUGGUUCGGUGCACAGUGCUAUCCAGGACACGAUCAGCACCCCCACCCCUCCCCAGCAGGGGGCGAGGAGGGCCACGAGGGUGAGCCAGAGCUGCGGGGAUUUCCAGAGGAAACUGACGAUAUGCCAUAAUACAGGUUUGGGGAACCAAUGGUAUUUGGAUGGAAGAUAUAAGUGUACUGCAUAAGAAAGAAUAAAAAAGGACAAAAAGGCA